UUAAAAUGAGCACCAUCACUUCAUCCACUGGUCAAGCUGAAAGUGUGACUGUGAGGAGGACAGAAUGGUCGGAUGCUGAAGAGAUCGAUCGUCUGAUCAGGCCUGCAGCUGUUGCUGUGUUUGGGAGACUCAAUGUCAUCCAUCUUCUUGAGAAAGCAAAUUUAGCCGUGACCCUGAGCACCACUAAGAGUGUAGUGCUCGCCCAUGCAUCUUUCUCAGAUCACCCCAUUGAAGAGCUGGUGGAUCAGGCAUGCUGGGAGAAUUUACUUCAGAAUCAUGUAGAUGGCCAGAAAUUCACUCCCAUGAACACUCUUUUCCUGCGUCUUUUUGUGGCUCAGCCUGGUUUCUCCAUAGGGGGCGCUAAAGAGAUAGUGAGAACAGUUUUCAAUGCCAUUGUGGAGCUGGAAUACAUCUGCCUUCUGACUCCCUACAGAGGCUCACUUGGGGCAGCACUGGAGAAGAUCUUUGAACCCCUGACUCCUGUUAAGGAGGAAGUUCAGUAUUCAGCCUACGUCUGUCAUCGACACAGUCACUGCCCUCGACUUCACAUCCGCAGAGCCAGAGUAGAGGAUCUCGAUGACAUCAUGCACAUAUUUGCGGAGCAGAUCACGCCACUGGUGGAGUCCCACGGGCCGUACUUCCUGUCUGAGCUCAUCGAGGCUCAAGAUGAGGAGAACCAUUCAGUCGUCUGUGAAAGUGAAGGAGCUGUCGUAGGCUUUGUCACUGUAAGUGGUCAAAUGGAUUUGAAGCUUCUCAAUCAGUGCUAUGAACUUGGAGCAUUUGAAGGACUGAGAAAGACAAAUUCAGCACAUCAAGAGGAACCACCAGAAGAAUCGCAACCACUAGAGGAGGAAAACCAUGUCACUGAUGCCCAGGAAUCUUCUGAAGCCAAAGAACCUGUGCAAGGUGAACUGAUGGCAGAAAAAGAGAGUAAAGACGAGCCUACUGGCAUAUCUCAGCUAGAGUAUGUUGAGUCAAGCAUCAAAGACACAGUGGACUCUAAUCCAGACGGGCCUCCUAAUGCAUUCUCCAUCCAGCUCUUCACCAUGGAAAAGAAGUUUGAAAUGAGAUCAGCCGAUUUCUUGCCGUACCUGUUUAAACUUUUUCCGGAUCGGGACUUCUGUGUGAUCUCAGUGCCUAAACUGACUCCAGAUUUCCCACUGCUGCAGUCCUUCGCCAGAGUCGCCCCUCGUGACGCCAGCAUCUUCCCGCAGGAACUCUACCUGUGUCACUGGUGGGCUCUGCUCAGGAAGUUGGAGGUGCGUGUGGCAGUGUCAUCAGAUAUCCCAGCAAUCCAGAGUUUGACUGAGAGUCUCAGCCAGCGGGAGUCCAUCAGUGAAGAUCUGGAUCUGUUCCUGCAGGCCCGAAAAGACCAGGAUGGAACUGCUCUCCAGGCAUUUGUGGCGCAGGUCGAGGGGCGAGUUAUUGGUCUGAUAAUCAUCAGAGAUGAGGAGGACAUUGAGUUCAUCCGAGCCAACUUUGACGUCGAGAGGUUCAUGUACUUUAGCCAUCAGCAGCGAGAGGAACACGGUCGACUGUGUCACUUUCUCCUCAACCUUGUUUUCCAGCAACACACUAAAUAUAUCUUAAAGGAGGUGCUGCGCUUGGCACACAAGUCCUGCCUCUAUUACCUCCUCCAUCCACCCCAUUACAGCUAUAAGAAUGUCAGUUAUCACUCUCUGACAACAGUGCUGAAUUACAUGGUGCCGGUGAGCCCGAGACGACAGAUAAUCUACCCGCUGGAAGAGCUGGGUAUCAACGCGCCGUCCCAGCAGAUCACCAAACAACAGGCUCAUUUUGCCCUGUACCACACGAACAGAAAACUCACCAUGGAGCCGAAGGUCACCAUCAAUGCCAGAAUCGUGGUAGUGGGAGCAUCCGACACAGGUUUAGCUUUUCUUGAAGCACUGACAUUCAGUCCUCAUCUUCGAUUCAACAAUCUCACUCUCAUCUCCACUCACGGUCUUCCAGAUCGCUGCUCUGAUGAUAACAGGAGAUUUCUGGCUACAAGUCACUGCUACAGCGAUCAGGAUCAAGCCCAGCUGUCUUUGCGCUCCUGGAUCAGUGUGGUGACGGGUAAGAUGAAGGCCAUCGACCGCGAGGACAAACACGUGGAGCUGAUGGCAAAUGGUAGAGUGAACUAUGACUAUCUGAUCCUCUGCACCGGCCUGCAGUAUCAGAUGCCCAAUCUCACCAGUAUCGACGUCAUUGACCAGACCACCAGCAGUUUGAACCCACAUCAUCCCAGGCACAGAUCCACUUGGCCCGUUCCAUCUAACCUCUUCACCCUCAACGACCAGCACGACUGCUCAAACCUCCACCAGUGGCUCAUGGACAACUUCGUGGAACUGACAGGCGAUGCUGUGGUAUAUGGAAACACCAUAGAUGUGUUCACCUGUGUGGAGAUGCUCAUGCGCCUCGGUGUCAGCGGCCGCCGGAUUCAUGUAGUCCAUCCUCCCAAAGACGACACAUCUUCCUGUUUCCAUGAUGGCUCAGUGGAUCACGCAGUGAAACAGGCUCUGGAAAAGGAGGAAGUCCAAGGUCAUCAUGACUGCCUGUUGAAGCAACUCAACGAUGGACAACACACAGAUCCUGUGACAUCGGCGUCCUUCACCACUGAUGGUCCGACCCUACGACUGGAGUGUGCGGUGUUCUUCAGCUUCUCUUGUAAAACUGUCGACUGCGACGCCUUCAAGGCAAUCAAUGAUGCGUGUUUAGUGUUCGAUGGCCGUUUGGUGGUAGAUACCACCUUCCAUACCAACGACCCCUCCAUAUACGCCGCUGGCCCUUUGACCAAAUACUCCCGCCGUUACCAUGCUGACCAAUGGAGCGAUUCCUGCUUUAAUUCCAAGGAGGUGGGGCAGAGUUUGGCAUCUGUUCUCCUGCCCUCAUGUGACCCGACCCUGGAGCGUCCCGCCGACCCCCCGUCUGAUGAGGAGCAGCUCAUCGCUCUCUACACUCAGGCCAAGAUCCAAGGGGGAAGAUUACCAGGCGGCUACAAUUAUCUCCAUGUCGCAAAACCGACAUCCAAAGGCCACGAAACUCCAUCAGCUCAGAAAGGUCGUGACUUGGUGACGGGCAGCACUGAAACGGGGAACUACUUUCAUCUGCAUCUCAGCCAGCAUGAUGUUGUGGAGAGCAUCACGUGCCUCUCGAAGAAUGCACUUCCUGUCUCCAACCUCCUGUGUCUCUACAGGAAACACCAGCUGCUGCUGAAUCACCUCUGCUCACGCUACCACGAGGGUUUGGUCCAUGACAUGUACAGUUAUUUUAAAGAGAACUGGUGCUUGGCUCUUUAUCACGACCGCUUUGCUGACUUUGAACAGGAGGUGCGCCAAAUCAUGGACUCGGCCAAACUAGAGGGUGAGAGUGGUUCAGUGUCAAUUCAAGAGGCUCUUCAGAAGAUAGUGGAUGAUAAAGCAGAGUCCGAUCAGCUGACGGGUCUCAGCGAGGUGUUUCAGAAAAGCGAGGCUUAUUCUGCUCUGAGAAAGAGUGUUCUGGAUUAUCUGAGGUACAACAGAUACCAUCUGACUAUGUACGCCCGGCCGGGACUGCUCUAAUCAAUAUCCAUUUUACAUUUAGGAGCAUUUAUUCAGUACUUUAUCUUUUGUUUCUUUAUUUCUUUACAUUUGCUGCACCAUAUGUUGGUG